AUGACUCCUGCUUUCCUGCUUUCCUGCGUCCUCCUCUCUUUGCCCGAAGUGUCUUCAUUCUUGCAUCUUCCCUUUCCUGUCGCCACCAGAGGAUGCACGCCCUGUCUUUCUCGGAGGUGGAGCUUGCGGAUGCAGCGAUCGGAGCAGGAGGACGUCGCUGGUCUUGGUGGGGGAGAGGGAAUUUCUCCUGCAGGAGCCUCAAAAAAGACGAACAAUCGGCUCUUCGGCUCCCGAAGGCUGGAGCUUGUCCGCAAGGCCCUGAGAGGAUUCAACAGCUCCGACGAGAGCGACGUCAAGGUGCUGCUGGGCUCGAGGAGGCUGGCCCGGAUAUCCAAGAUCGUCUUUGGGAAGGAGGAGGAGGGCUUCUUGUCAUCCAGCCUCCUUGUCAGCCAGCCACAUGUGACAGAGAGCCCUCUGAUCAACACGACCAUGAACAUGACGCUUGCUGGCACGCGGGGCGGGGCCGCUAUGCUCGAUGCAGCAGGCGGUCAGGGAGCGAUUGUAGGUGAAAGAGGAGAAGGUGCGGGUGCAUGGAGGGUCAUCGAGAAGCAGUGGUUUGAUGCCAUCUUGCGAGCCCUUGAGGAAGAAGAGAAGGAGCUCGAGGCGCGGGGGACGGAGGGGUCAGAAGCGGGCACACAGAAGUCUCAGCUACCGCUCGCCGUCCUCUCAACCGAUGACUUCAAACUCCUGCAAGCACGAGCGAAGGAGCACAGGUCCUUGGAUGGCGUGUCCGAGUACGACCUCCUGCGCUUCUUUCUCCUGCGCAAAGACCCGACCACGGCUCUGCAGUCCAUCUUGAAGCACCUGGAGUGGCUGGAGAGCUCAGCCUACGGCAUGCAGCGCGUGGCGGACAUCACGAGCUCCUCGGACGGGGUCGGGCGGCAGAUAGCGAUGAAGAAGUCUUACAUCCUGUCCAAGGCUGACGUGGAGCAGAGGCCUGUGGUUGUAGUGCAAGUCAGCCGCCACGAUCCUGACGUCUCCCCCGUGGACGAGACGACCAGGUUCGUCAUCCAUGUUCUCAUGGAGGCCGAGGGGCUCCUGAGGGACCCCUACCCUUCGCACUUCUCCGUCAUCUUCGACAUGAGCGGGGCCUCCCUCAAGAACGUGGACUACGAGCUCGUCAAGCGAUUCAUCUUCAUCCUCACCAACUUCUACCCUGAGAGGCUCGGGGUCAUGCUGAUCCACCAGGCGCCAACCUUCUUCCCUACCUUCUGCUGGCCUCUCAUCAAGCCAUGGCUGAACGCUGCUACCCGCGACAAGGUUCACUUCACUCGUUUCGCUGCUGAGAAGGAGGAGGAGAAGCUUUCUUACUGGUGA